UUAGUCAUGCUAAUCAAAUAAUUUGAAAAAUAAAAGACAUACUCUAAUAGCGAUGAUAUGACUUCCAAAAAAUUGGGAAAGGGACAACAUGAAAUCAUGGUGCACUUGCAUUUACCCUAAACAGUGUAUGAUGGGCAAACCAUUGAAUUAUCCAAUUAUGAUCUAGUCAGAGGCUCAAAAAAAAUCUGAGCACCAAGUAAACAUUAGCAGGAAGCAAUGGGCACCUUUACUGAUCUCCAAUACUAUACCAUCUUCUUCAUCCUCUCCUUCAUUUCAACCCUCCUGCUAAGAUCCUUCCUAAACAGAAUCACAACACCAACUACCCGUCUUCGCCUCCCACCUAGCCCACCGGCUCUUCCCAUCAUCGGCCACCUCCGCCUCCACUUCCUUUCUUCAUCCAUAUACAAAUCCUUCCACAGCCUCUCCACCCAGUAUGGCCCCCUCCUUUAUCUCCAUUUUGGGGCCUCCAGGUGCCUACUUGUUUCUUCAGCAGCAAUGGCUGCUGAGAUCUUCAAAACAAACGAUCUCGCCUUUGCUAGUCGCCCUAGGUUAGCUUUUGCCGAUAAACUACCUUAUGGAACCUCUAGUUUUAUCACAGCUGAGUAUGGAGAUUACUGGAGGUUCAUGAAGAAACUGUGCGUGACGGAGCUGCUUGGAGUCAAGCAACUUGAACGCUCACGGGUAGUUAGAAGAGAAGAACUGGAUUGUUUCUUGAAGAAAUUGGUGGAGAGUGGUGAGAAUGGUGAGGCUGUGGAUGUUAGGGCUGAGGUGAUGAAGCUCACAAACCACAGUACAUGCCGGGUGAUUCUGAGCGCAAGGUGUUCAGAGGACAAUGAUGAAGCUGAAAGGUUGAUAGAGAUGGUGACGGAGUGGGUUGAGUUGGCUGUAAAGAUGUCUUUUGGGGAUGUGUUUGGCCCUCUGAAGAGGUUGGGUUUCUGGAUCUAUGGGAGGAAAGCCGUAGAGCUGACACUGAGGUAUGAUGAGAUUCUGGAGAAGAUGUUGAAGGAGCACGAAGAGAGGGGAAAGAGAGAAGACAAGGAUUUGAUGGAUGUUCUCUUAGAGGUUUAUCAAGAUGAUAAGGCUGGGAUGAAGCUCACCAGAACCCAUAUCAAGGCUUUCAUUCUGGAUCUCUUUAUGGCAGGCACCAAUACCUCAGCAGAAAGCAUGCAAUGGACAAUAGCCGAGCUCAUUAACCAUCCUGAUGUGUUCAAGAAGGUCCGGGAAGAGAUAGAUUUAGCAGUCGGACGCACUAGACUUGUUGAGGAAUCAGACAUCCCAAACCUUCCCUACUUGCAAGCAGUUGUUAAGGAAACACUGAGACUACACCCUCCAGCGCCAGUGGCCACAAGAGAAUGCCGCAAAAACUGUAAAAUUGGUGGAUUCAAUAUACCCGAAAAAACUGCAGUAGCAAUCAAUCUGUAUGCUAUUAUGAGGGAUCCAGAGAUAUGGGAUGAUCCUACUGAGUUUAGGCCAGAGAGGUUCUUGGUUCCCUCAAAAGAACAAGUGGAUUUAGACCAAACUAAGGGGCAAAACUUCAAUUUUGUCCCAUUUGGGGGUGGAAGAAGAGGGUGUCCAGGGACUCUGUUGGCGUUUGCCAUGAUGAAUACUACAGUAGCAGCUAUAGUUCAAUGCUUUGAUUGGAAGCUUGGUGGAGAUGGAGAUGGUGGUAAGGUUGAUAUGCAGUCAGGACCAGGCCUGACCUUGAGCAUGCUUCACCCACUCAAAUGCCAUCCUAUAGUUCACUUUAACCCAUUUGAGGGAUAGGGAUAGCUUCUGUAUCACUCACUCUUAUGUGGGUAUCUAUUUGAUUCUCUCGGAAGGACAGUACUAUCAUCUAAGUCCUGGGUUUUUCAAAGCUCUCCAGCUAUAUAUCUGAAUAUGGCAUUCCCUCCCGAAGAACAAAAUCUGUAUUCUGUAUUCUGUAUUGAUACAGGUCAUGGUCUCUUACUCUA